CGAAAAUCUUUCGGUUUUAACUGUAAAGUCGUUUCAUUCUUAUUCUUGAAUAUGUAUUUCUUCAUGAACAAGUGUUCUGAUAUUGUCUAUUCAAUAUUAUCUUUUGACUUGACAUAGGUGAAUAUUCGUAUCCCUUCAACAAGUCGACAUAUUUAUGUGAAAUAAAACAACAAAAAGGUUGCCUAAAAUAUUUUCUCUUUUUUUUUCAACUUGUCUAACCUUUCGAUAUUUGACUUAUCCGAACAGAUACUGUGAAAGUUUCAUGUUAGUUUCUUUGGUCUAUUGAUUUAUUAUAGUUUCAUAACAUAUGAAAUAUUGUCCUAUGCACCAAAUUGAUAUAGAAUAUCGAUCAAUAUGUAAUUUAGAAUAAAAAUCAAUACCACUUGGGGAUGAAUGAAAAUAUUUACCAAUUGCAAAUAUUCUUUUUAAACAAAGUUCUUCUUUUCUCAAACAAUUGGGAAUAUUUCGCAUUUUCUAAACAAUGAAAUACACGUCUAGAUUAAGAUUAACAUGAUGUGCAUUGAAUAAAAUCAUGGCAUAUCUUUUCGGAAACAUUUUCGUAGAAUACUUGAAAUGAAGAAUUUUCAAGAAAAACUUGAUAUUUUUUAUACAGAAACUGUUCGAUUGAUCUACUUAAUUAUGGCUCACACACUUAUCUCGAAACCAAAUAAGUUUUAUUUAAAGCAACAAUCAUGACAAUAUAUUGGCAAUAAAGAUCAGCAGAAUAAAGGAGAGAACGAUAACAAUUCUUAAUAUCCACAACAGGAAUGGUAGAAACUUUGUGUUCCCGAGAACAACGAUUACCACAACCAGAAUAUUGGCAAAUACAAUGUUUUUGUGUAGGACGCAAAUAUGAUUCCCUUAUCAUAGCUUGAUCUGAAUUUAGACAUUCAAACAUUUAGAAUAAGUAAAGUAUUGGUUGAUUUAUUUAUACUAACUGAGAUCUAAAAAUAAAUGAUGAAAGUAUUAUUUGAAAUCGCAACAUUGAAACUGAAAAUUUUUUAGUAAGCAAAAUGAUUUUAUUUUGGGUGUGUGUUUAGAUUUCUUGGCUUCUACAUACGUGGUCAACUUAAGUUAUGUCGAAGAUGGGCAUAGACGGAUCAUUUUAGUACUCAAUGUGUGCUAUUUUUUAUUCUUAUUAGGAAGUAAAUAGUACUGACUAAUGUUCUAUCGUUUUUGGUUUUCAAAACCAAACGAGGAAAUGUAAAAACUUGAAUGUGAGAAGAAUAUAGAUUUCUAUCAUAGACUGCAUAUAAUUCUAUUCGAAAGUAGAAUAAUUUAAUUUCAUUAUUGGGAUCGACUAUCACUACAAAACCUUUGAUCAAAUAUAUUAGCAAUAAAAAAAUUAUUACUAAUUUUAUACAAGGCACUCUCUUCACAACAUUGACUUUAACUAGUUCAAAAAAAAAACAAAUGAUGUUGAUUUCGCAUCAACAUAUGCAAUGAAAACUUUAUACGAAAUAUUUAAGUAGUUGCAAAAGAGUCUUCAAUCGAGAAUCAUCUAAAGAAAAAUAACCGUUACAUUUUAUUAUUUGUAUGAUGCAACUUAGAGUAAAUUGAGAGAACUGACAGAUCAAUUAUAGUGAUGAACAAGACUGACGUUAUAGCCUAAAUUUAAGUAAGUUUUUUUGUCAUUUGGAAAAACUAUAUUCACCUAUGAAAUAUGUCGUUAUCUGCUAGCAUCAUCGAUUUUUACUAACGUAAGUAAAUGAUUGUGACUACAUAGUUUUUAUCUCAAGAAAGGUUUUAUUCGACUUGAAUUUUUAGCUCACUUUGAAUGCAUCAACUAUCAUUGCCUAAUGAUCAUGAAAUUGAUUUCUCAUGCAUACUUACUCGUGAAUUUGAGUUUAAAUUAAAGUACACGUGCAAUACAGUGUUGUUACAGGACAGCGAAUGCAAAAACAAAAUACAUGUGUUGACAAUAACAGUUUUCAGAAGAUUACAUGCUGUAUUUUUCGUUCUAUGAGUCCUCCGUGUAGAAAUGAAAAAUAAAUGUAAAUAGAAGUUUUGUGUAAUGUUUGACGAGAGAAAGAAAUACAGUGAGAAUAUUUUUUUGUCCAGUCUCGAUGUUGAAGAUAAACUCAAAUAAUUUCAUUGUGAAAGAUUUAAUAAUAAAAAUAUAUAAAUAGAUCUACGUAGCUUUUUUAAUCAUUGUAAACAAGGCUUUAGAUAUUAAAACCAUAAGGGUGGGUGUGGAUGUGAGUAUAGGUGCUAGUGAAGAGAAGCUUAAUACCCACACCCUCUUGGGGUGUGCGUGUGGCUAGCGAAAAGAUUAGAACUCACAGUCACAGUCACACCCACCCACACCUACACUCACACCCACACUUCUCAUGGCAAAGGUCCAGUCGAUGGGAUUGGAGCAGCCGUAAAAUCUUGAGCAACACGUUUUCUUUUAAGUGGUUCAGCUGAAAGAGCAUUUCUUUCACCAGAUGAUCUUUUUAAAUAUACUAAAGAAGUUAAUGAUCAUCAAGUAAUGAAAUAUGAUCUUGAACCCAAUCGAUCAAUCGAAGCGUUUUACAUCAAAACAUCUGAUAUUGAUAAUACUUCCAAAAAAACUUUAGAGCCACAACGGUUACAAAUAUCGAAAAAAUUAUGGAUUGAUGGUAUUCAAAGUAAACAUCAAUUUAGUCCACUUGGCAUCGAAUAUGGUGGAGCAACAACAUCAUGUACUAACAAUGCUUUGGUUUUAUUAAUGUUAACUGGAAUAGAAAAACCAAAAUCACUAGAUAAUAUUAAUAUAAUAACGAGACAAGGAAGGAAUACAAGUAAACCAGGUUUUUGUUUAAUAUGUAAUGCUGAAGCACGUAUUUUUAAUUAUGCUGUACUUUCCUGUUAUUCAUGUAAAACGUUUUUUCGUCGGCAUAGCUUUCAUCUAAAAAAUAUUCGCCCAUGUCAAUAUGGAGGUGAUUGUGAAAUAACAGUACAAACACGAAAAUAUUGUACAUCAUGUCGAUUAGCUAAGUGUUUUGCAAAAGGUAUGUCAACAGAACUUAUUCGAAAAGAAUAUCAAAGAUCAAAAUGUUCUCCAUCGAUUAAAUCAAAUAGGAAAUCAAUGUCAAUUCUACCAAUCACUUCAUUAAAUUUACUAAACAAUGACCAAUCAUAUCUUAAGAGUUCUGAAUGGAAUUUAUUAUCAAAUGUAGUUCAUGCUUUUGAUAAAUUCAAUUUGGUUCCAUCGAUGCGUAAUAUAGUUAAAUCUUUAGAUUUCGUUGAACCGCCCAUUAAAAUUGAUAUAUCCGAUACAUUUAAUCUAUUUGCUUCUUUUUAUACGUCUGUAAAAUCAUUCGUUAGUGUCACAGCUGAUUUUCGCGUAUUGACUGUUGCUGAGCAACGUUCACUUUUUCAACGUAAUUUACAUGGUCUAUUUAAUCUUUGUGGUACAUUUAUGUUGCGUGAUGCUGGAAUAUUUGAUAAUAUUAGAAAUGAAAGUAUAAUUGCACCUUUAUAUGGACAUGAAAUUGUUCGUCAAGCAAAACAAAUUACUAUGAGACUUGAUUUUGAUUCAACAAUUGUUAAAAUUAUUCAUAUGGUUUUUGCUUUUUCUACAAAUUGUUAUACAGUCAAUUAUGAUCCAUAUAUGAGUACAGAUGCUCUUCUUACAGGUACUUUUCGUUUACUUGGUAGUCAAAAUGUAUAUACUGAAAUGUUAUGGAAAUAUAUGGUAUAUCGAUAUGGCUAUGACGAAACUAUUCGCCGUUUUGCGGCACUUAUUAAACAAAUUCUUGAUUUAAUUGUACUUUCAGCAGAUAUUUAUAUGGAUAAUCGAUAUCAUCGAAUACUUGUUGAUGAUUUUGUUGAAGAAGCAAAAACUGCACUUAUUCUUAAUGAAAAAGAUUCUGUUCCAUUAUGGGGAAAAGACAAUUACUUUGACUAUUGA